AUGUCAACAUUAGAGAACACAACAAUUGCUAUCGUUCAUGAAGCCAUAAAUGAAGAAUACGAGUACAUACAGUAUAACAAACAGUUACGUCUCAUUCGUUCAGUCAAAGAUGACAUGUACCAGAUGCAAAGUAUAAUGAACGCUCUUCGUUCUACAAAGCAAGCAUAUCAUUGGUUUGAAAACCAACAGACAAAAGAACUUUUAGAAGAAUUUCCUCAUAUGAUUGCUUCCCUCGGAAAACCGAGAGAAGAGAUUCCGUACGAAAAUCGCAAGAAUUUGGCUCCUGGUUUGAAAGGUUAUUAUGUUCAUAGACUUUUAGUAAACGCUGUAGCAAUAUGGGCUUCACCUCGUUAUGCUUGUUAUAUUUUCAUGAUGUUAGACGAACUAUAUAAAGCAGAACGUGGAGAGAUGGAAAAGAAACUUCAUACAAAAGAUGAAGUCAUUGAAUCCAAAGACAAAAGCAUACAGAAAAGAAUACCGCGUUCAGUACCAAAAGGAAAGGAAAAGAGUUAUAGGUAUAUGAUAUAUACUGAAGAGUUGGAGAAAGAAGAAGAUAAAGAUAUGGUUAUGUUGCAUUUAGUCAGAAGAAACAACAAGAGCUUUUAUGACUUAGCUAAAAUAUAUAAAUCUGACAGAAACUG